AGAAGCUGAGUCCCCUCGUGCAAGAAAACAAACCAACCAUCACAUUGCGUUAGGUUUGCGAGCUCCCUCAUCUCUCUCUCUCUCUCUCUCUCUCUCUCUCUCUCGCUCUCUCUCUGCUACAUAAAUAGCCGUCUCCUUAGUCUCCAGGUGAUUGGAGCAGAGAAGCAACCCAGAAAGAGCACUCAGACGGGGAAGGAAGAAAGAAGAAGAAGAAGAGCGAGAAUUCGAGAGCUAGCCUAUAUAAUCUAUGUCUUCUCGAGACCACAAGCGAGCAGCGCUGUAUGAAAAGUUUCAACAACUCCGUGCUGCAACUCACUCCACUUCGUUAUAUGAUGUUCUUACUCGAUGGAAUGGAUAAGCUGAUGAAGAUCAUCGUCAUAGUUUUGCAGGUAAAUACGACCUCAAUCAUAGUAGAUGCAGCUACUUACAUUGAGGAGUUGAAGGAGAAGGUGGAAACGCUCAACCAAGAGAUAGAUAGUUCAGGCACAACUUCAUCCGAUCAGAAUCUACCCAUGGAGGUCGAUGUCGAAACCCUAGAUACAGGAGGAUUUCGCAUAAACGUACACUCAGAAAAGGAUUGCCCAGGGUUGCUGGUAUCGAUUUUGGAAGCCUUUGAAGAGAUGGGGCUUGAUGUUUUGGAUGCUACCGUUUCUUGCACAGAUAGCUUCCACUUAGAAGCCGUGGGAGGAGAAGAUCAAGACAAGGAUGGAAUAGAUGCUCAAAUGGUGAAAGAAACAGUCUUACAAGCUAUCAAGAACUGGAGUGAAAGUUAAUUAUUGACCACCAAUAUAUAUAUAUACACACUUCGACUUGUCAUGCACGAAGACUUCUCCUUAAAUUCCCCUCUUUGUUUCCUACUCCCCCCCCCCAAAAAAAAAAAAAAAGUCCCCCUUUGUUUGUUCUUGCGAAAUGGCAAGAACUCUUCUUUUUUGCAUAAUGGCUAAGAGCUCGACAUGAAGGGGAAAAUCUCAAUUGCUUUGUAAUUAGCAAGCCAGACAAAAGAAAAGCUGUGAGGUGUUUGAACAAUAUAUGUCUAGGUAUAUUUCAGUUUAUGUUUCUAACUAUGAUAUCAUUAGAGUAAUUUUCUUUAAAUUCA